AUGAAGACUGCCAGGCCGGGGGACUCUGGGCAGUACAACUGCACAGUUACUGACUUUGGAUAUGACCCCUGGAGUUCCGAGUUUUCCACUGAUCUGACGGUGGUCGAGAAGUCCUUACCCCCAUUGGUGGUCGCGGGCUCCCAGGGCUUCAUGGUGAUAGAGGGGAGUGGCCUCGUGACCUUGAAGUGCGUGACCUCCUCUGGCCCCUCCCCCGUGAGCUGGAGAUGGUACAGGCUGGCCGGGGCGGGGCUUCCGCAGGUGGAGGUGGGGCAGGAGCAGGAGCUGAGUCUGGGGAGGACAGCGGACAGUGGGGAGUAUCUGUGCCGAGCUGAAACCUCCACCCUGGGCCUCACACAAAUAGACCACAGUGACUCUCACCAGGUGAUCAUCAUCCCUUCCCCAGUGGCACACCCAGUGGGCAUAGCUGCCCUUGCCCUGGUUUUCCUCUGUUUACUGCUCCUGCUCCUGGUGGCUGUGUGGCUCUUCAUCCACGGCUACGGCUCCCCUGCCAAAAGACACCCCGGGCCUGGAAUGGAAUUGAAGGAGGACUCCAAAACAGUGGAGGACGAGGUCUACAUGAACUGCGAGACGUCAGGGGAGGGCUACACUGACCAGAACCACGACGAGAUACCAGAGGAAAACACCUACGAUUGUCUGUCCUGA